CUGGAAAGCAUCAGUUAAUUACGUGCAGUGAAAGAGAUUGAAAUUCAACAAUGAAAGCGUUCGUAGGCUUAUUGUUUGUUGUCACCACAUGUUCUGCUGGACUUUUGGGUGGCGCUAGUGGAGGCGGCGGUGGAUACGGAGGGCUUGGAGGUGGCCACGGAAGUGAUGGAGGAGUAGCAAUAGGUGGAGGAGGUUAUUCCGGAGGCGGACAUGGAGGUGAUGGUGGAGUAGCUCUCGGUGGCGGUGGUUACGCUGGAGGGCUAGGUGGAGGACAUGGAGGGUCAAUUGGCGGAGGAGCAGGAGGUCACGGGGAUAUUGGCGGCGGAGGCGCAGGAGGAUAUGAGGGUGGUUCAGGCGGUGGAGGAUACAGUUAUGGCAUUGGACAUGGUGGAGCUGUUGGCGGUGGAAUUGGCGGCGGGCAUGGUGGGUCGAUUAGUGGCGGCAUCGGUGGAGGACACGGAGGAUCAAUUGGAGGUGGAAUCGGUGGCGGACAUGGCGGCUCUAUCGGUGGAGGCUAUGGAGGAUCCUUAGGAGGUGGAAUUGGUGGAGGUCACGGAGGAUAUAGUUCUGGCGGAAUUGGCGGUGGACAUGGUGGUUCCAUUGGUGGCGGUAUCGGUGGAGGGCAUGGAGGAUCUAUCAGCGGCGGAAUCGGUGGAGGUUACGGAGGAUCAAUUGGUGGAGGCCAUGGAGGAUAUAGUGGUGGCGGAUCGAUUGGCGGAGGAUACAGUGGCGGUCAUGGCUUCGGUGGCGGCCUUGGAGGAGGAGUAGGUGGUGGACAUGGCGGAUCUGGUGGUGCAGUUAAAAUCAUUAAGAUUAUUGUACCAAACGGUGGUGGUGAUGGUGGAUUUGGCGGUGGUGUUGGUGGAGGCCACGGUGGUUCAAUCGGUGGAGGAUAUGGUGGUUCCGUUGGAGGAGGAUAUGGAGGAUCAAUUGGCGGAGGUCACAGUGGCGCUAUUGGAGGUGGCUAUUCCGGAGCCGGAGGACACGGUGGAUCAUUCAGUGGAGGUUCACUUGGCGGUGGAUAUAGCGGCUCAAUUGGCGGAGGACAUGGAAGUUCCAUUGGCGGUGGAUACAGUGGUUCCUUCGGUGGAGGCCACGGUGGAUCCAUUGGUGGUGGACACGGAGGCUCCGCUGGUGGAUACGGAGGAUCCAUUGGAGGAGGUUAUGGAGGAAGUGGUGGUGCCGGUUAUAGCAAAGGCUGGUAAAAGCUUCAAAAGACUGCUUUUAUGAUAUAGAAUUGUUAUUAAUUUAAAGUAUACUGUUUGUUAUAAAAUUUGAAAAUAUUCAAAUAUAUUAUUAAAUUGUGAUUCA